UGUGUGCUGUGUUUAAGUGAAACCACCAACACAAUCCCAAACCAGUCUAACCAAUAUCAUCAUCAGCUGCAACCUCAAGCUCAAACACUUACCUGAGGGUUAAGAAACAUUACAAAGUAAAUUUGGUUUAACAUCUGGUCUCUUAGAGAACCAGUGUCAGAAAUCUUUACUGAAGAAAACCAGAAGUAAACUCAUGCCAUCACCUUCAAAGAACAGCCAAACGAUGGCUCCCAAGAAGAAGGCCCCCCGUCAGAAGAAGCCUGCCGUGGAAGCCAUCUCCCCGGUUGCCAUUGAGACCCCCCCGACCCAGCUGAAGAUGGAGAACCGUGGUAACGGUGUGGUGGUGAUGGAGAGCCAUGUGAAGAAGAUCGAGCAGAUGGCGGCACUGGACAUCGCUCAGCUGAACAGCCUCAACCUGCCGUUGCCGCUGCCCGUCAUCAAGCCCGGGGAGAGGGGCCUGGGCCUGGGCAGCGAGCUGACCCGGCCCCUGCACGGGAACGCCCUGCUGGAGGAGCUCAGCAAGAUGCGCCAGGAGAAGUUCCUGACUGACCUGGAGCUGGCCUCUAAGACGAAGGCCUUCGACGUCCACAAGCUGGUCAUUUCCUCCGUCAGUCAGUUCUUCAGAGAGACUCUGGCCAAAGACCCUAGCAUGAAGCGCCUGGAGCUCCCCUCCCUCUCACCUCUCGGCCUCGCCAACGUCAUCACCUUCGCCUACCUGGGUCGUGUCCACAUGUCCCUCUACACCAUUGGUUGCACCGUCUCUGCCGCUGCCACCCUGCAGAUCCCUCAGCUGCUGAAGAUGUGCAUGGACUUCCUCCUGGCCGAGCUCAACGUGCAGACCUGCGUCUACAUCUGGAACAUCGCCGCCGCCUACAGCCUGGUGCCGGUGUGCGAGGCCGCCCGCCGCUUCGUUCUGGAGAACUUUGUGCAGUUCGCAGACACACCGCUGUUCACUCAGCUGACCCUGGAGCAGAUGGCUGCCUUCCUGCAGGACGACGCUCUCCUGCUGCCUUCAGAGGUCACCGCCUUCCAGCUGGCCAUGAGGUGGCUGGACUUCGACUCCUCUCGCCAGCCUCACGCCGCAGAGCUUCUGUCUCACAUCCGCUUCGAGACCAUCCCGGCCAGCGAGCUGGUGAGUCAGGUUCAGCCGGUGCCCCGCAUGAUGAUGGACCCUCACUGCCACCGCCUGCUGGUGGACGCCAUGAACUACCACCUGCUGCCCUACCAGCAGAACACCCUGCAGUCCCGACGCACACAGGUCCGCGCCGGACAGCAGACCCUGCUCACCGUCGGUGGGCGCCCGUCACUCACCGAGAGAGCUCUCAGCCGCGAGGUGAUGUGGAGGGACCCUCGUGAAGGAGGAGCCUCCUGGCGUCACCUGAGCCAGCUGCCGGCUAAGAGCUUCAACCAGUGUGUGGCUGUGAUGGACGGCUUCCUGUACGUUGCCGGAGGAGAGGACCAGAACGACGCCCGCAACCAGGCCAAGCACGCCGUCAACACCAUCAGCAGAUACGACCCUCGCUUCAACACCUGGCUCCACCUGGCCAGCAUGCGUCAGCGCCGCACCCACUUCUCUCUGGCAGCCAGCGGCGGCCGCCUGUUCGCCAUCGGAGGCCGUAACGUGGAGGGCUUGCUGGCCACCACCGAGAGCUACCUGCCCUCCUCCAACACCUGGACGAUGCGUGCGCCCAUGGAGGUUCCCCGCUGCUGCCACUCCAGCGCCACCCUGCCCUCCGGAGACAUCCUGGUGACCGGUGGCUACAUCAACUGCGCCUACUCCCGCUCUGUGGCGUGCUACAGCGUGGACACCGACAGCUGGAGCGAGAGGGCCCAGAUGGAGACGCCCCGCGGCUGGCACUGCUCCGCCACCCUCGGAGGGAAGGUGUACGUGGUGGGAGGGAGCCAGCUGGGGCCCGGUGGUGAGAGGGUGGAUGUGCUCUCUGUGGAGGUGUUCUCUCCGGAGAGUCGCUCCUGGAGCCGUGCCGCCCCCCUCCUCCUCGGGGUGAGCACCGCCGGCCUGUCCCCAUUGGCCGACAAGCUGUACCUGCUGGGAGGCUGGAACGAGGCGGAGAAGCGCUACAAGGCGGCAGUGCAGAAGUACGAGCCGGCCACCGACAGCUGGUCCAUGGCGGAGGAUCUGCCCGAGCCCACGGUGGGAGUCUCCUGCUGCACCCUGACCCUGCCCCCCCGACACGCACCGCGCCGCCAGCAGCACCGCAACACCCCGUCACACGAAGAGCAGCAGCAGGCCGCGAAGAACCGCAGCAGAGAGAGCAGCAUGGCUCCUUCACAAAGCAUCACCGCAUAGAGAGGAAGAGUUUAACAUCAGGGGAACAUCUGGAUCAUGUCCGCUCUUUAUUCUGUAUCCAGGCCUAUGAUAACUUUUGUGAUUGAAAUUCAAAUGUAAUUCAGUUUUUCAAUAAUCUUUUUUACUAAGAGCAUUAUUUUACUUAAAUAUAUUGCAGAUAUUAAGAUAAAAUAUACAUUUUAAUAUAAUAAAUUAUUUAUAGAAUACAUAUUUUAAAUAAAUAUAAAAAAAUACAUUAUAUAUGUUUGAUAGAUGUGACUCGUUUUAAUAAUGAUAAUCUGGAAUUGAUUUAGCAAAAUAAGCCUCUAGAUUUACACAAUUUAGACGAAGCAUUGGUCCUUAAUUCUCCCUGAGGUGAUAAAAUGUCUAUUCAAUUUAAUAUCAAUUCAAAUGGAACAAUGAUAGUUUAAAAUGGAACCAAAUACAGACUCAUGGAAAGCCCUUGUUUGUGCAAGAUUUGCAAGAAAGAAAAGAGAGCUUGCAUGAUCCAAAGUGGUCUCAGGAGGUUUUACGUUGAUGGAGUCUGGGGAGAAAAAGACGGAUGAGGGAUUGUAGUGGAGCAGGUGGAGAGGUGAUGGUUGGUGGAGGAUGGAAAGCGUGAACAGUGGCAGGCAGCGUUUGUCACUGAAUCCACUGGCAGUUUGUGUACAAAGAUUUAUCUAGGCAGAUGUGUGUGAUGUUCAACUGUGAAAAUAAAGUGUGGAUGUGUGUACUGUGUUUGUAAGACAGGAGUGUGUGUGUGUGUGUGUGUGUGUGAGACAGGAAAAUGAGCCAAUUCUGACUAAAUCUGCAAUAAUUAAGAUUUCUCACCAGCAAACUUAGAAGUAUUUCUUCACGGGGAUCGGAGCAGGUCAGCAAUAAAACAAACCUAUAUUUAUGGUUUUAUUUAUUUUAUAUAUAUACAUAUUUCAGAAGUAGUGCAGCUCAAAUGUGACAAAAUGAAAAAAUGUAGUAAAUAUUUCGUAAGUGCAAUGAAGUGAAAGGAUUAAGUGAACACAAGAGGUAGGUGGCGUAAACUGAGAAAUGAUUAGAUUUAAAAAGGAAUUAAUUAAUGUAAGAAAUAUAUAUGAUGUACUCUUAAUGAAAAUAAAAAUCAGCGGUAAGAUUAAAAAUAAAGGAAAAUUCCCCCCAAACCUCACCUGUGUUCAUUUUAAAACUUGCCAUCCUCUUUUAAUUUUUACUGAAACUAAGACAAAGUGAAGAGCCAGUGAUACUCCAGCAGGUGGACGGAUAAACUGAUGACGAGCUGCAGCUGCAUUUACAGACUCAUUUGAUUGGAUGAAUCCCUGUGUGUGCUCUGUGCUGCGGGUUUCACUGAAUAAAGCAAACGUUAUCAAAACAUAUUAAA